CACUGUAACACCAGCUGAUUAACAUCCUUCCCGGCAGUGAGGACGAAUAUGAUGACACCUGGAACACACAGCUAGAAGAAUAUGAGGUUUUUUAACAACUAUGAUAAGCUUUUCAUUUUUUUCACUCUGCGGAGAAAUACUGUCUAUUUUCAUUUAUUUAUCUUUGUGGUUACGUUGGGAGUUGGUCUAUUGUUCCUUUGUAAUUUCAUUCAAUUCAAUGGACAGAAUAACUUAAACAGGCUGCCGUUUUCCCACGAUGUAUCUCUGUUACAGAUUGCCUGUGACAGACUAGCUAAACAUAAAAAUUCCUUUAUUUGGGUGAAUUCCUUCACAAUUCCCCUGAAAAGAAGGAAAUGUAUGGAAGACUACCUAAUCCAGAACCAUUACAUCACAGCUCCUCUGUCGGCUGAAGAGGCAGAUUUUGCGUUAGCCUACAUAAUUGUGUUGCACAAGGAAUUUGAUACCUUUGAGAAAUUGUUCAGAGCCAUCUACAUGCCCCAAAAUAUUUACUGCAUCCAUGUGGAUGAGAAGGCAAGUGCAGAUUACUUUCAGGCAGUAGAGGAUUUAGUAAAUUGCUUUCCUAAUGCUUUUCUGGCCUCGAAAAUGGAGCCUGUGGUUUACGCUGGAAUAUCAAGACUACAGGCUGAUCUGAACUGCAUGAAAGAUCUGCUGAGAUCAGAGGUGCAGUGGAAGUAUGUGAUCAAUACGUGUGGACAGGAUUUCCCUUUAAAGACAAACAGGGAGAUUGUGCAACAUUUAAAAAAAUUUAAUGGAAAAAAUAUCACUCCGGGGGUCCUUCCUCCAGAUCAUGCCAUCCCCCGCACCAAAUAUGUCCAUCGUGAGGAUAUAGUACAUUCUUAUGUGCUGAGGACCAACAUUUUAAAGCCCCCUCCUCCUCACAAUAUCACCAUAUUCUUUGGGUCUGCAUAUGUUGCCUUGACAAGGGAGUUUACUAAAUUUAUUCUUGAAGAUCAGAGAGCCUUGGAUCUACUAAAAUGGUCUAAGGACACCUAUAGUCCAGAUGAACAUUACUGGGUGACACUGAACAGAAUACCAGAUUUUCCAGGGUCGAUGCCAGAUGCUAAAUGGGAAGGUAAUCUCAGAGCGAUAAAGUGGAGUGAUGACAGUAGUCACGAUGGUUGCCAUGGUCGUUACAUCAGACAGGUGUGUGUGUACGGAGUUGGAGAUUUACAAUGGCUAUACAAUUCCUCAAGUCUUUUUGCCAACAAAUUUGAGUUGUCAAGCUAUCCUCCCACAAUGGAGUGCAUGGAGUUGAGGAUACGACACAAAACACUCUCUCAAAGUGAAACUGCACUGAAGACAAGCUGGUUGUUUUAACUACUGUGGAAAAUGUCACAUAUUUAAGCUUAUGGAAGCACUGUAAAUACUGUAAAAAUGGAUAAAACUUUUUAUAUUUCUAAUUAGGUUUUUGGUUUUGAUCAUUGCUUUAUGAGAAACUUGUUUUAUGCUCUGUUUACAUCAUUGUUGUGACUUCCAUUUAUUAAGGAAGCCUUAACUAUUUUUAUGGGAAAAAUAACAUAGCAUACAGUAGUACAUAUUUACAUUUUAUCAUUUUGCAAAUGAUACUCUACAGAUACAAACAUUAAAAAUAGGGUAUUGGAGAGGCUCCUGCUAGACUAGAAACCUAUAGAUCUGAGCUACCCAAAUGGCACCUAUACCCACGUUGUCAGGAGGUUAAACAGUUUAAAUA